AUGGAUGAAACAGGAAGUAGCCUAGAUUCUGAAAAGAACAAAAAAUCUGACGAUAAAAGCUGCUCCUGCUAUUUGGGUGAUAGUGAUUCUUGUGCCUCUGACUACUCACCAACACUACUCAGCACUCAAUCUACGAAUAGUGGAGAAAGUCAUAAAGCACAGAAUUUGAAGAGUUUUGUACAUUGCGAAGCCUUUAAACAUACUGCCUCUAGAUAUGUCCAGAGCAAAAAAGGCUUUUGCUCCCAGAGCCUCAUCAGGGACUCUCCCAGCAAAGAUAUCAAUCUUGUUACAAAACAAGUGCUUUCGACCAGACUGCUGAAACACAAAGAGUAUCGUAAUGAAGUGACCGAACUAAGGGCAAAACUUGAUGAAGUGGAAAAAGAAAACAGCACACUAAAACAGCUUCAGCGCAAAUGUGAGAAAGCCCUCCGCAAGUAUGAAGACACAGAAAAUGAAAUCUCUCAGCUAGUGACACGGCAUGACAAUGAGAUUCGAGUACUAAAGGAGCACUUAAGAAAAUCACAAGAAAAAGUACAAACAUCUGAAAGGAAGUUAAAGAGUUCACAAGAGGAACUGUACAAAGCCAAAAGUGCCUUGCAGAAACUGAGAAGACUUGCAGAAGAAAAGCACCUCCCUGAACGUAAGGAGCUGGCAAAGAAGGUAGCUUUACUGGAGAGCCAGCUGGAUGACAACAAUAAAAGAAUUAAGGACUUGGAAAGAAACCUUGGCCUUACCACAAAUAGUCUCCAGAGAGAGUUAAAUUCUCAGAAAAAGAAAACCCAUGAGUUUGAAGAAAGAAAUAAUGGUUUGCAAGAGGAAAUCAAACGACUAAGUCAAAAAGUAAAGGACACACAGAGACAACUAGAUGCAACAAAUAUCUAUGCUUAUAGAAGAAUGGCAAAACCUACAGCCAGUAUUACACCAAGAAAAAAAGCUGUGAAUGGGGACACUAUAAGAGAGGAACAGACAGCAAAUGGAGCACAAACCUCUGGCUAUUUCUCCCCUGUAGAAUUUCCUCCUCCACCAGAUUUUAUUUCUGAUCCUGUUUCACAGGAAAAUAAAGAAGACGUACAUAUCAAAAUGGAAGAGAUUGUUAAAAAAGAAUGGAAGGAACAAGGAGAACGUUUCAGGCAAGAACAGAUCAGAGAAAAAGAAGAGAGGCUGAAGAGGGAUCAAGAAUUGCAGGCUGUAGAAGAAACAGCCAAGAAAUUCAGAGAUGAAUGGAAAAGAGAAGACUCUGAGAGAAGGAAGAAAGAAAAUAGUCUUUUGAUGGAGAGACAAAGCAAAGCAAAGAUGGAAACAGAAAUAUAUAUUCUAGAAAAUGAGAUGCAAAAUAGUGGAAAUUUAGAAGAAAGGAGACGUAAGGAAAUGUAUGAAUUUGACAGAGACAUCAAGAAACAGCAAAAGGUAGAGGGCACAGGUUCAAGCUAUGAUGUGACUUUUGGCAGUUAUGUGCCUUCAUUUGCAAAAGGGUCCAGAAGGCCAAGCUGGCUUAAUAAAAAAAGUGACAACUUAGAGGAAACCUCUAAAGAAAAUGUGGGCCUCCAUAUUAAGAGCGACAAAAAGGCCAAUUUAAUGAAGCAACUUUUUGGAAGCACCGCCAGCGUGGACGCUUCAUCAAAGACCAACGAUUUUGAUUUUUUUGAUCAAGACAGCAGUCCAGACGGUUUCCCUUAA